AUGUUCCGACACGGGAAGAUCUUCCACAAACGAGAACCUCAGAACUCGGAUGCGCUCACCUCCCUACCUUCUAUUAUACCAAACCCAACGUCAGGCCUGCCGCAGUCAAUAGCUCCGAGUUCUGUCACCACAGACCCAUCCGUGACCGCCUCAAUCGUCACGGCUCAGGCAGUGUCUGGACUCACCACCAUCACCGAAACACAGACCCUAGAACAGAGCCUCACCGGCCAAGGCAUUGAAACCACCUUUACCACCGAAAGAAUCAAGACCAUCACCGACCCAGCCGAAUAUGCCUCUCUCACUUCGGCAGCUGCGGCUGCAUCCUCCACCUCGACAACUCUGCGGUCCUCGACGACAUCGGCGGCUGCAACAAGCAGUGCUGCAGCCCAUCAGUCUUCUUCCAACCUCGGCACUCUUAUCCCGGCAAUCGUCGUCCCUAUAGCUGUGGUAUUACUGGCCUCCUUGGGUCUAUUUUGGUUCUUCAUGAGACGGAGGCAUCAGAGAGAUCUACAUAUUGAACCAGAGUUUGUGAUGACGGGUAAGGGCGAAAAGUUGAGCAGCCGCUCAAGCAGCAGCAGGUCCACCACAUCUAUCCCCAGGGGGUUUGAGAAAAAGUCUCCGGCGGUCACUCAAACAGAGCUUCCAUCUACCACCUCACCACCGACUCCCAUGUCUGAGUGGCCAUCAGCGCAGAUCGGUGUUGCUCGGCCUCUCACCCCUCAAGAUUCAAAAUCUGCUGGACAGGAUCGACUUUUUGAUCAACCGAGAUCUCUGACUGCCAAUUCUCCGUACCGAAAUAUGCGUGGACCAGGCGCACCAAUGAGGCCGUCAACGUCUGGCCGGGGAGCACAGCCGCCCUCAAGCUGGGAGCAAAACAGGAACAGAAGUAACAGCACGCCGGGCCAGCGUGUUCAACCUCCAACAUCACGCUCAGGCCCUAGUCCGAUCCCUAGGACAGCUCCGAGUCCUGUUCUGCGAAGCGGACCAAGUCCCGUACCUCAGCGGCAAAACCUUACAGAAUCUCCACGACCAGGAGAAUCAUCAGCCUUUCGCUUCCGUGAUCCCUCACCCAAUAUGAAUUUAAGCAACCGAGCACAGGCGCCAUCGCGGCUCGAGGCCGUUCCACCGGGUGCCUUCAACGGCGCCUCGUCCAUAUCACAAUACUCUCCUAUUGUGAAAGAUACGCCGGUCGUUACAAAGGCACCCUCAAACAAACGACCACCGCCACCGAUCAAAACUGCAAAUCUUGGGCCAAAGGGGCACAAGUCGCCCACCUCGGGCAGCCCUCCUAGUCAUGGCUUCACGGAGGAAAAUCUACGCAUUGCGCGAUUGGCCAACUCCUCUCGCCUAGGUUAUACUCCUGGAGAGCCCAGUCCGUCACCUAAAUUGCCUCCACCUGCCACUCGUUCGCAACUGAUACCUCGAGAGAGUCCAAAGGAGCAUCAAGAUCGCUUCUUCGGCGGAAGUGCAAACAAUUCAAUGAUACCCCGUCCCCAAAGAGCAUCAGUUCAUUACAACGCAGCUCGAGCCAGCGUGGUGUCGGAUGCUGACGACUAUGAAGAUAUCGAGGCCAAAUCAGAUGUCAGCAGUCUCAAUGAAUUUGAGCGCUUUGACUUCGGCACCGACAUCAACGGUGGCAGGAGCAGUGGCGGCGGGAACUCCUUGACGUUCUUUGCGGCACAAAAUAGUCCAGCCAGCGAGAGAGGGAGCGCCUUUGGUACUGGAACUCAUGAGCGUUGGUGA